GUUAGACGAGUGUUGUGAGCGUAAUCUCUUUCUGUUGUCAGACGAGAGUUAUAAAUGUUUCUCUUUGAUGUUGCUCUGCCUCUGUCCAGAAAGAGGAGUUCAACAGAUACAAAAUAUCUUUUCUUUUUUUAGAAAGAUCGUCUCUUGAAUUCUAAGGCUCUCGAGACUGUUUAGAGGAGGACUGUUUCAGACGCCAUCGUGCUGAGGAUAUCGUCUGCAAUCUUGAUUGAGAGAGAUCUGUCUUUAGUGUGCUCAAUAUGUGAUACCAUCUGGAUAUACCUACAAAAUGUCAGUGUGAUUUUUAUGCUUGUUCUCGUCCCGCCAAUCCCCCUACCAUUUGGUCCGUGUGUCUUGAUGUUUGAUUUUGCUUCUCACAUGAUAUAAGAACGUAUUACCUAUGUUUAUCACGAUUACCAGGUUUAGCUCUCCUGCCUCCUCUAGUUGACUAGUAGGAAAUAUCCAUAGAAGAUUUCCAUAUAUUAUUCUAGAAAGUCGCGCAACAUAUCUAAGUACUUGAAAUUUGAAAUAAUUCGGAUGAUCUCGAUCACCUUUACGUGUCAAAACUGGAGACAUCAAGCAGCAGAGUGAUACGCACAUGAACUUCGAUGCAGUACUAGCUUUUUAUGAUACUUCAGUCGUGUAACCAAAAAGAACAAAGUCAUUAUAACUGUUCAUCCGUCAAUUGACCACAGACCAAAUGCUCGUGGUCAGAGUGUUUGUUAUUAUCUCACAUCCUCUUUUUUGGUACAGCUACAAACAACCUUACAACCUAGAGUACUAGACAGUUAUUAUAGCUUAGUUGUUUUUUUGAUCUAGAACGAAGUACAUACUCCAUUUUUUUGAGUACCUCAUUCUAUCAUCAAGCGUUGGAUAGAGCCUUAGUCUAUCAUCCACCCUAUUUGAGUGGUUAUGCUUUAUUUGAUGUUAGAGAGAUUUACAUUUCUUGUUUUUUUUGUUAGACAUGGCCCGCCGGACCCGGAUGUUGUAUGAGCUGCAGCCAUAUUAGUUUUUGUUAGUAUUUUGAUGCUGCUCUUCUACUUCAUUCUUGGAUCAUCAUAGAGGCAGCAAGGCUCGGACGCAUGAUCGAGAGACGUUAACAAAUGAUAGUCUGUAGUUUUCAUCAGACCGUACCUCAACUAACAUAAAGAUUAUUAUUGUUAACGAGUGGCUGGUCGUCUUAUCUAUCAUCCGUUUCCGCGCGCCUUGCCUUGCGUUCUUUAUUUCAUCUGCUGGACAAGAAAUUCGAAGAAAAUGAAAUACCAGAAGAAGUUCUUAGCGUUACAGGCCGAAUUCGAAGAGGAGUUGAAGGCCUGUUUGCUUCCUGCCGAUGACAACAAAGCAGAUCCUGAUGUAGAUAUUGUAGUAGAGGACAAUGAGGAAGUUGCAGCUCCUGGUAGUGGUACAACUACAAAAACUUCUUCUUCUAAAGCAGAAAUAAGUAAAAGUACAACGAGUAGCACUUGUGGUUGUGCCAAAAGUAGAGCAGGAACAAGUAAAAGUGGACACGAAAUAAGCCAGAAAGACGACAACAAGGUCCAUCCGCUUCCUGCUCCACAGCAACAGGAGAGUAAAGUACAGAACAAUCAUGGCCAUCUUGCAGAUUAUCAACAUGAUGAUGAUGUUUAUCAACAACAUGGUGGAAGUGGAAGUACUACUUCUCGUACUACAACUCAUGCGCCAACAGAGCCACCAGCAAAAGCUUCUAGUUCGCCGAAUUCACCGCUAGCUGCAUUUGCAUCAUCUUCAGCAGGAGCAACGGGAGAAGAGGAUUGGUUUUCUUGGGUGGAUUACAAAGGCUUGAAAAAAUGCGUGAGCUCUGGUGUUACAGAAGAUGCUUUUCUUGCUAAAUGGGAGAAAGAACUAGUCGGUGUAGUGCGCACGAUUUCCGGUCAUCAACUUUUGCAACAAGCGCAUGCGGCUGCGGUGCAAGCGGUUGCGGUGCAGCAGGGCUCGUCGCUCUCUCCGACUCGGUCUCCUUCGGAACCAGUCACAGGUGACAAAAAGCCCACUUCCUCGAUUUAUCCGUUGGUAAGAACUGAAGACCAAGAAGAGCCUCCAGUUCAAGAAGUAGCUCCUGCUCCUGGUACUGCGCAAGAAAAUUGCGUGUCCUCCUCCUCUUCACCUGUUCCGUCUCACUCUGAAUCUCCGCCAAACUCAACUAGACCACCUCUUGUUUUUGGCGACGGCAAAAAUAUCAUCACUGCUGGAGUUCCCAUCGUCACUGCAGCUCACACUGCUCGCAGCGAGAGUAUUAAAAGUGGGCCUCAUCCUAAUAUUGUAGAGGAAAGCGACGAGCUGCUCUUGCGCGAGCGACGUUUGUCUCUGUGUGCCAAAUAUUUAGAGGCAAACCGGGAGGCCUUGCGCAAGGCAGCAAAGAAGUUCGAUAAGCGUCGGGGUCGCAACUAUGAGGACCAACUGACAGACGUAUGCAUUCGUGCUCUAGCGGAGGCGGCGAAAAGCCAACAACGUUAUUUUCAAGCCCAUGGACCACAGCAGGAUAGUAGAGCUGAAAAAAGGCCAAAUAACCACGACAAAAACUUAGCCGACAUCCACGACAGUCGAAAACGAAGUAGAUCCAUGCAGCACGCUGAUCGAAGGAAGAGCUUCCUCUUUGGUUCGUUUUCUGAUGAAGAAGAAUUUGCAGCUCGACUAAUCGCAGCCCAGGACGCUUGGAGCGGCUUUGAGGAUCUACGCGAACUUGAAGCGAGAAAAUUACUUUUUUCUUCAACACGUGGAGGACCUCCUGGUGCUUCAAACACGACUGCUGAGAAUACAAAUAAUGCUGCUUCUGACCCUGAUAAAGAAGCCCUAACAAGAAGUCCUGCAAAUAAGAAUGGAAGUGGUAGUUUCCAGAAGUUGGGAUUUGCGGCUCUGCUAUUAGCAUUGGCUUCAACACAUGCACUGGUAGUGGAAUCGUCGAAAGAGGGGGGCUCCUUUCCCUAUCACCCGUUUUCGAUCAUUUUGAUCGAAGCCGCUGUCUCCGUCUUUCUGUCCUCUCUCCUGUACUGCGCACUCGCAGCCCCAGCACCAACAAAUCUUCAAAGUAGAAGAAGACUCUCUCAGCACUAUUUCACGACGGCUCCAGAACUAGAGGACGAAAUCAGACUAAAAAUUUCUUCUCAAGAACAAGCUCAGCAUGUGGACAACAAUGUGAUGCACAACUACAACAAAGACGAAGACAAAACUACCUCCUCUUCCUCAAAAAUAUCCUCUUCCUCUUCAACAACGUUCUUUGACAGAGUAGUUUCCACCGUGCAAAAAUACCGGGAGGAGCAUCAGAGGGAGAGUUUCACUGCUUGCCUGCGCGCCUGUUUUGGGCCCUCGAAUGUCCUAAAAUUCCUACCCACCGGCGUCCUGCGUGCCUUCGAUGACGGUCUGACGAUCUACGUUCUAGCUCUCGUGUCCCCGACGAGCUACAUGGUACUUUCCCAGAGCAGAUUGUUGCUUACCGCUCUCGCAGCCAUCAUCGUUCCCGGAUGCAAGGCGCCCAAACGGAUGCAGUGGCACGCAAUUGCGUUCACGACCACAGGCGUGGUGGCGUUCAAAUCAGCGAUGCUUCUCCAAAUGGAACUAAAAGAAGCGGAAGAGAAUAAUGCUGGGAGCAGACUCUUGAUGGUCUCUACAACUAGUAGUGGAGGUGCUGAGACGAGCAGGCUCUUAACUUCUUCUUCUGGUUCAUCUACUGCUCCCCUUGCCGCGGUUGUGACGACGAAUUCGACUUCUUCUGCGCCUGGUGUGCCAAGUAUGAUUUCUUCUGGAGUUGUUAGCACGAGUCCUCUUGCGUCAACAAUUGCUUCCGGUGAAACGGAAGACGAACGUGGAAAAGCCAUGUUAGGUACUUUUUUGCUGGCUGCAGCUGUCUUGUGCAAGGUGGCUUCGAGCAUUUGGGCGGAGAGAUUAAGGCAACUACUAACUACUAUUUACAUUUUUAUCUCCAAGAGAUUAACAAGAGAGCCAAGGAUCUGCAUCUCAGGGAAGAUGAGCAGAACGCGAUAGCUCUAAAGAGAAUGCUGAAGAAGGAGGCCGAAGAAUGCGUGUUAGUGCAGGUUUGUAACAUAUCCUUUGGGACCUUCGUCGCUGCGCUGGUGCUGUACUCAGUCCUCUCGGUUCCAGGGAGCCCGAUUACAGAAGCAAUCACCUACAAUCUGCGAAGUCGACGGCAACUGUCUAGUGCUGGAACAGUGGCUACUUCUAGUACAGCAGAUGAUGGAAGUGGAGGAGCUACUGGUUCUCGCACGUCAACAUCCACCUCAUCUACAUCCACUUCCUCGUCUUCAUCUUAAGGCUUCUUUUUGAUUGUGUCCGCAGAGUCUCCAAUUUAUUAUAUUCUUUCGUCUUGAGUAGAAGGCUUCUUUUUGAUUGUGUCCUCAGAAUAAUUCACAUUCUUUCGUCUUGAGAAGCAUCGAUCUUGUGAAGGUGUUAGUUUUCCCCUGCUCAGACGAGGAAAACGAGAAUACCUCCAAGAUGACUUAGAAAUCGAAAUUAGAUCUUAAUAUCGUGGUUCAUUUAGGUUCUAUCGUUGCGAACGGAAGUAGUAGUGCAGUGGUCUUCUAAGCCCCUGGAGUGGGUACAUUCAUUCACUCCUUCUAUUCAUUAGCUUCUCAGUCUGAGGUUAAUCCAUUCCUAAUCUUCUUGGGAUUGUAGUGUAUUGGGUACAUUCAUUCCUUCUAUCUCUAAUCCUCUUCUUGGGAUCCUUUCUUUGGGUGGUCAACUAUCACCGUGUGCGUCGUACUGCAUAUGCUCGCGAAGAAUUGGGCCUCGAAUUUAGUGGUGAAACAUCUCUCCGCAACUACGAAGUACGUAAUCUACGCUGUAGCGAUAGCCUGUACCUACGCCCUUGAGGUGCUGCUAGUGGAGGGGGCAGUUUUUACCGUGAUCUCCGCGGUCUGCAGUCUAGCCGUUGUACAAGGAGGCGUGCUUUUCGGGAACGCGAAGUGAUUCAUUCGCAAGGAUUGCUUUGGAUACUGAUGAUGUACUUAGACGAAGCAGGUAGUCGUGGUACGCGGACGCGUGCUUUUCCUGGGUAAUGGGGCGAAGUGAACAUGACUAUUCAAGAUCAUCAUGAAGAGAUAGUGGAGGGAAGAUAUUAGAAGAGUAUCUGGUUCUGCGAUGGAUUCAUCUUCGACGAGACGUGAUGACGACGCAGCUCGAGAUCAUCAGAUGAAUGUACAAGUUAGUACAGAUGAAGUGUCAGUGUCAUGAAUUGAGUUUGUUCUUGACCCGUGAUAUUGUAUAAAAUCACUCACAGUGUAUAAAGUCAUUCACAAUUUCGUUUUCGUCAACGAAAUCGAAGUAGGUGCAUACAGCGAGAAAAUAGACAUCAUAAAUUCUUGCAUUGAAUCAUGAAUAGCUGUCCGCAAUUGGAUUCAUACAUGAAUCACUUGUGAGUACAGUUGUCUAGAACAUGAUGAACUUUUUUUCCAGUAGGUCCUAAGGAGGAGAAGGACGGAGAUAGCACCUACUAAAGGAGCAGAAGGACGAAGAUAGCACCUAGUAAAGGAGCAGAAGGACGAAGAUAGCACCUAGUAUUAAAGCUCAACACAAGUAUGAAAAUGUCCUAGAGGUACGUUCUCCAUCUCGAACCUGGUGGUCAAACCAUCUUCUGGUCUCAGAGCUCCAAUCUGAGGAGGCCUGUACUACACAAGCUAAUUAUGCACUCCACCAAGGAGUUGUCCCCAAGAAGGGCCAAGUGGGAAUGCUAAGAGUAU